AUGGAGGAGUCGAUCACUUUCAAAUUAGGUCUCACUUUGGCGUCAGUGCUAAACGCGGCCAUCUGCGGGCCCGCGACGGAAGGUGCUUCCUUUGAGUCGACCACACAGGCCACCAACGAGGGCCCGUGGAAGACGAAACAAAUGGACGCCAAAGGCUCAUGCCCCACCUCCGAUAUCUGAGCGAGAAGCAAGACUUCAAUCGCGUCGGACGCGUCUCCAAGUCCUCGACCUAGUACCUGGUGCCGCUGCGUCGCCACCGGCGUUCUCAGCUACUUUCCCCUUGGAGCCAACACACAUACAUGAAUCGAGCUCAAAACCUCAUUGGAAAUCGAGCCUCGAAGACGUGUUUGAGGAUGUUGAGCCCGCGGGGUCAUCCCAGCGAGGCUUCUCCGACGACGUUGACGCGACCCAUUCUCAUUCACCCGUCAGACUGCGAAGGGUGCGUACUGCGUCAGUCACCGUCGUUACUUCCACCCCUAAUUUUAUGUACUGCUUCUAGUCUAUCAAUGAAGUGGACCUGUCUCCUGGAUGGGAGAAAAAGCUUUACGAGCCACAGAUUCGCCAACGAGUAGACCACAGCUCGGUGAGCAAACGGACAUUCCCAUGGUCGCAGCUGCCCGUUCAUUGUCCAUCGUCAGGGGUCAUUUCUGAACUGACGUGAUGGCUCAUUCCACCCAUGGCCCGUUCCACCCAAAUCGACCAUUUGGGCGCUCUAGUUACAAUCGAGGAGGUCAAUGACGUCGCUCCAAGGAAUGAAUUGCGCCGGCUCAUCAAAGCGAACUUGCUCGCCCUUGGUCAUGGAGAUCAUAAAACUACAGGAUACGCCAACGCUGUGGUCCGUAGUCUCCAGCUUCCAGCGCUUUUGGACGCAAGCAAGCUGACCUCCGAGUCGGCUUUCACAGGAAUGGUGGCAAUAUCUUGCUUCAUCGCUUUUCAAGCUUUCUAAGACGACAUUGCCGCCACAGUCGACCCGAAUGGCUGAGACUGACUGGGUUUUGGACGUAUCUCUAAGCAAGUGGGUUGUUUCAACGUAUCACACAAUUACGUAUUGUGUAUGCGCAAGGGUGUCCUCGCCUGAGAUGCCAACGAGUUCUUCCGUUCUCGACCUGGAGGCACUCCUGCACUGCGCACCUCUCAAGCUUUCGCAAGGUGCGGAUAUGAAUUUGCAGUCCGUCCUGUCGCACGAUGCCGGAGGCAUAGGUUCUGUCAUGGAUGUCAGUACGUGCCGAUGUUGUGCAGGGGGACAGAGAACGUUGCUUUCGUUCACUCAAGUCCCCAUGUGCUUCACCAUCAUGCACAACGGAAGCACCGUACGCUGGACGCCGGACGCUCGAGGCUCAGACCUCGUCUUUCGCGAUGACACUGGCUUGCAGCAUCGUUGGUCACUCCGAGCCGUCACUCAGCUACGCCAUCAACACAUCUCAACGAAAGGUGGGGCUGCAAUCGGUCCGGAUGGCGAACUUCAAUGGCAUCAAUUUGAUGGACUCAAUCCAAUGGUGUCAAUUGCGCAUCUCGCCACCGAGCUGGUCCCAGAUUUGCGCGCCACGGCUUCUUAUAGCUGGUGGGUGUACAAAAGAAACCGGAAUGCGCUGCGAUCACUCAAUGCCUUUCUGACAAGGUGAGGGACGAUCUCGCUGGAAUUGAUGAUUACCGACCUCGAGCCAUCUGCUGCGCAAACGUACGGCGCGCGCAGGCGAAACCCCGAUGUGAACGCUGAGGGACCCUUACUACCGACCGUGGCUAUGGCGCGUCAGCGCUACGAGGUCAUGGGUCUGGAGUUGGGCGUCGUGGAGGAGGGAGCACAGGCGGGCCGCCAGACGUUCAAAAAAUUCAGGGUAGCGGGCUCCGCCCGCAAGUACCAAAUUGACAAGUUAAUGAUUCUGGAAAAGGUACGUUCGUGGACGUGAUGGCGCAUUGGCUGCCACGAUGGUGGUGUCACGGCCAUCGGUUCUCUGAACAUCCUCUCUUUGUGUACAGGCUAUCGGCUUGCACCCAGGGCAUUCGCUGUUCGAGGACGAGUAUCGGGCGCACAAUCCUGUCAUGGUCAAGCUCAGAUGCCCAACUUGUGCCGCGGGACGGCUGUGUGGAACGCCGAUCGCCUUCACUCAGGACCUCAUCCGCUGUAACUUAUGCGGAUUGUACUUACAUAAGUUGCAUGCCGAGAUCUCCAAAGAGGAACAAAGAACGACAAGAUGCAUCAUAUGUGUGAAUGUGGUGUCAACGAAGGAUCUGCGCGCAGACGAAUUCAAGAAGCUCUCUGGAACGUAAGUGGCCUCAAUGUAUGCCGCUUUGUGGAACUCCCUGUGUUCCAGAAUUAAUACGACUUUUUACUACAGUGUUUCGCUUGCUCGUUCAUGCGCAUGGGCUUACAUCAGUGAGGCUUGGAGGCUAGUUAAGGUCCAUGACUAUGGAGUUCAUCGGGAUGGGCUCGGAGCGCGGGCACUGGCUGAAGUUUCAUGUCCAGAAGGCGGCGUCAAUCUCCAGCUGGUCCCGGGUAACAAACUGGCAUGGUCUUUCAGCAAUGCGAAGCAAUUGGAAGGAAGCAAGAAUCGGGACAUUUACUUGAGUGUGAGUCAGUAUCCUGAAUGGCAUGGCAGAGUGGGCUGGCUUGGCUGACCGGCAUUGCCUACUUGUCACUCUUCAUCAGUUGCAGGUUCCCACUGAGGCAAUACUCAAGAAGACUUGGGGCACAAAUGCUAGUCUGGUGAAGGCAUUUAUCAAAGACACCAAAAAGACUAUCAAGCAUCUGAACGUAGGCAAGUGACCAAAAACCGGUUUGCACAGAAAAAAACUAUCAGGCUGAUCCUUCUCCCAAGCUCUUUCUUGCACAUCGAACAUAGCCGCCUCAUUCUCCAGUGCGAAGAAGCUAGCGGCGGAACGGUACGCCGAUAAUGAUAGCGAUGAGGAUGGCCCUGUGAGACAUCUCUACUCCUCCAUAUUGCAGAAGUGCUACUUACUUGCAUUGCCCUUGGCGCAGAUCAUCCAAUCUGAACCAGAGGAAGUCACUGGGUGGGCAUACAGCGUCCUGUAG